CGAUUGGCGGAGGAGGGGGCGGGGGCAGCGGCGGAGCCUCAGUCCGUCGGUCGGUGGGUCCGGGGCGAGUGGCUGCGGCGGGGGCGAUGGGAUGGGGGCCCCGCCGAGACGCCGCCGCCGCCGCGCCGUCCGCCUCUCCGCCCCGGGGGCCCUAACGGGGGAGCCGCGCAAGGCGGGGACGGUGAGUAGGCGCGCGCCGAUGGAUCUGGACCUGGACUACGAGCGGCCCAACGUCGAGACGAUCAAGUGCGUGGUGGUGGGCGACAACGCGGCGGGCAAGACGCGCCUGAUCUGCGCCCGCGCCUGCAACGCCACCCUGACCCAGUACCAGCUGCUGGCCACCCACGUCCCCACGGUCUGGGCCAUCGACCAGUACCGCGUCUGCCAGGAGGUGCUGGAGCGCUCGCGCGACGUGGUGGACGAAGUGAGCGUCUCGCUGCGCCUCUGGGACACCUUCGGGGACCACCACAAGGACCGGCGCUUCGCCUAUGGCAGGUCGGAUGUGGUGGUGCUCUGCUUCUCCCUGGCCAACCCCAACUCCCUGCGGCACGUGAAGAGCAUGUGGUACCCUGAGAUCAAGCACUUCUGCCCACGCACCCCCAUCGUGCUGGUGGGCUGCCAGCUGGACCUGCGCUAUGCGGACCUGGAGGCCGUGAACCGAGCUCGCCGUCCUCUGGCCAAGCCCAUUAAGCCCUCGGACAUCCUCCCACCGGAGUGCGGGCACGAGGUGGCCAAGGAGCUGGGUGUCCCGUACUAUGAGACCAGCGUGGUGGCCCAGUUCGGCAUCAAGGAUGUGUUUGACAACGCCAUCCGGGCCGCCCUCAUCUCCCGCCGCCACCUGCAGUUCUGGAAGUCUCAUCUCAGGAAGAUGCAGCGCCCCCUGCUGCAGGCGCCCUUCCUGCCCCCCAAGCCCCCCCCGCCCCUCAUCCACAUCCCGGAGGCGGCGGCCAAGGAGGGGCGUGGCCCCACUGCCCUCUUCCACCAGCCCCUGUGUGCAGACGUGGUCUUCCACCUGCAGGGCGGCCACCGGGUCUUUGCCCAUCGCGUGUACCUGGCCACCUCCUGCUCCAAGUUCUACGACCUCUUCACGCUCGACUCGGCAGGCGGCGCUGCGGGCGCCAAGGAGCCGGCCGGCAGGACGAAGAGCUUGGAUGCCGAGCACCUUUCGGCGGGGGCCUCGGCCGUCUCCCUCCGGGCCUCGCAGAGCGACGAUCCGCUGCGCUUGGCCCGGCCGCCUCGGGCGCUGUCUGGCUGGGGCCGCGGCUUCGUCAGCAUGUGUCGGGAGGGAGCGCGCGACCCGAUCACGCAGCGCGAGCGCCCCAUGACGGCCGUCUACAUGGACGGGCUGGUGCAGCCGGGCCCCUUCCAGGUGGUGCUGGAGUACCUGUAUACCGGCCACCUGGACCAGCGCCGGGCGGGCCUGAUGCAGGUGGCCAGCAUCGCGGAGCUGCUGGAAGUCUUUGACUUGCGCAUGAUGGUGGCCAACAUCCUCAACAAGGAGAGCUUCAUGAACCGGGAGAUCACCAAGGCUUUCCACGUGCGCCGGGCCAACCGCAUCAAGGAGUGUCUGAGCAAGGGCACCUUUGCAGAUGUCGUCUUUGUGGUCGAUGACGGGUCGGUGCCCGCACACAAGCCCCUGCUCCUGGCCGGCUGCGACUUCAUGGUGGCCAUGUUUGGCGGCACCUUCCGGGAGAGCGGUGCUGCUGAGGUCCCCCUGCCAGGCACCAACUGCGCCUGCCUCCGUGCUGUGCUGGAAUUCCUCUACACGGGGUUCUUUGUCCCCACCCCAGACCUGGACGCCAUGGAGCUGCUGGUCCUCACCAACCGCCUCUGCCUGACCCGCUUGCAGGCCUUGACUGAGCAGUACGCGGUGGAUGAACUGGUGCAUGCCAGCCUGCAGCAAGUGGAGAUUGAUGCCCAGGUGAUCCUUUACCUGGAGAUGACCCAGUUCCACAAUGCCUGCCAGUUGGCUGCCUGGUGCCUUCACUAUCUCUGUACCAACUACAACAGUGUCUGCCGCCGCUUCCCGCGAGAGAUGAAGUGCAUGUCGCCAGAGAACCAGGCCCACUUUGAGCGCCACCGCUGGCCCCCCAUCUGGUACCUGAAGGAGGAGGACCGCUACCUGCGUUUGCAGAAAGAGCGCGGGCUGGAGGAGGAGGCGCUCCGCAAGCAGCACCCACGCAGCAAGUGGUGCUUCUGGCGCCCCCACCCUGCCAGCCACAUCUCCUGACCCCUCCCCCGUGUGCCCCCCUCCCACCCCAUCCCCGGGGCAGCUGCCCGCUCGUGCCUUGGGUGGGGGCAAGGGGGCUGGCCCCUGGGCACGGGGCCGUCUCCAGCCCACGGUGGUGUGUGGGAGGGUCUCGGUCGGGUCUCUGGGCCUUGUUUACAGCCCCACCUUCUUGCCAGCUGUGUGCCUCUUGCUGCUGCCUUUGCCCCAUCCCUGCCUGUGGCCUGGGCUGGGCGGCCCUCUCUCCUUCCUACCUCGGACCUUAGCAGUAUUCUGGCGCAAAGGGAGGCUGGGGCCCAGCUGGGGGCCGGUUGCCAGGCAGAAAGGGGCGGCGGGCUUGGCAGGGCUGCGCCACUGGCAUUGGGAGGAACUGGAUACCUGGGGUGGAGCCCGGAGGGAGUAGCGAGGGGAGUAGUGGGGGAGUCUGCAUAAGGGGUGGGGUUGCGGGGGGGGGGGGCAGGAGCCACGUGCCCUGUAGUGGGGGGAGGGGGCGUUCUUUUGAGGCAUCUAGUUGUAGGAGCCACUUCCUGUUUUGUGCUUGCCUGCUCUGGGGUGGAGUUGGGUGGGGAGGCGCUUGUGCCCUCCUCCUCCUCCCGCCCCCCAUGUCUGUGCCUUCGACACAACACACAAGCCUCUUCCCUGGACUGACCCGGCGGUGGGGGCGGGGUGUGCACAAAGGGAAGGAGGUAGUCAAACAUACUCCAGUUGGGCCGGGGGUGGGGGGGCGGCCAGCCCCUCCCUGCCACAGAGAGCUGCACAAGCAUUUUUACACUUUUCUACUGUGUUUUUUCUCCCGAGGCCUCGGCUAAGCACAAACCUCCCCAGGGUGGGUCCACACGUGGCACUCACUGUACCGAAGGGCUUCACGGCAGGCGGGCCCCUGGCGGUCUCCCUGUCUCCACGUUUCCAACCACUGUGAGCUGGGCCUAGCCAACCCCCACCCUGUUUCUUAAACACUUCAGUAUUGGACUGUUUUAACCUUUUAAUAAAGGCCUUUUCUAUUGUG